AUGGUGAACCUGAGCAACGCGGUGCACUCCUUCCUUGUGCACCUAAUCGGCCUAUUGGUUUGGCAAUUCGAUAUUUCCAUAAGUCCAGUAGCAGCUAUAGUAACUGACAUUUUUAAUUCCUCCGAUGGUGGACGCUUGUUUCAGUUUCCAGACGGGGUACAAAACUGGCCAGCACUUUCAAUCGUCGUGAUUAUAAUCAUGACUAUAGGGGGCAACAUUCUCGUUAUCAUGGCAGUAAGCAUGGAGAAGAAACUGCACAAUGCAACCAAUUACUUCUUAAUGUCCCUAGCCAUUGCAGAUAUGCUGGUGGGACUACUUGUCAUGCCCCUGUCUCUGCUUGCAAUUCUUUAUGAUUAUGUCUGGCCAUUACCUAGAUAUUUGUGCCCCGUCUGGAUCUCACUCGAUGUGCUAUUUUCAACUGCGUCCAUCAUGCACCUCUGCGCCAUAUCGCUGGACCGGUAUGUAGCAAUACGUAAUCCUAUUGAGCAUAGCCGGUUCAAUUCGCGGACUAAGGCCAUCAUGAAGAUUGCCAUCGUUUGGGCAAUAUCAAUAGGUGUUUCAGUUCCUAUCCCUGUGAUUGGACUGAGGGACGAAAGCAAAGUGUUCGUGAAUAACACCACGUGCGUGCUCAACGACCCGAACUUCGUUCUCAUCGGGUCCUUCGUGGCAUUCUUCAUCCCGUUGACGAUUAUGGUGAUCACCUACUUCUUAACGAUCUACGUCCUACGCCGUCAAACUCUGAUGUUACUUCGAGGCCACACUGAGGAGGACAUGCCUGAAAUCAGCCUGAACUUUCUGAAGUGCUGCUGCAAGAGGAAUGCUGGUGAUGAAGAGAACUCUCUCAACCCCAAUCCAGAUCAGAAGCCGCCGCCUCGGAAGAAGAAAGGAAAGCGUCCUAGAGGCACCAUGCAAGCUAUCAACAAUGAGAAGAAAGCUUCCAAAGUCCUUGGCAUUGUAUUCUUUGUCUUUCUGGUCAUGUGGUGCCCGUUUUUCAUCACUAAUAUCCUGUCUGUUCUUUGUGGGAAGGCCUGUAACCAAAAGCUGAUGGAGAAGCUUCUCAAUGUGUUUGUGUGGAUUGGCUAUGUGUGUUCGGGCAUCAAUCCUCUGGUGUACACUCUCUUCAACAAAGUGUACCGAAGGGCUUUCUCUAAAUAUUUGCGCUGCGAUUAUAAGCCAGACAAAAAGCCUCCUGUCAGACAGAUUCCUAGGGUUGCUGCCACUGCUUUGUCUGGGAGGGAGCUCAAUGUUAACAUUUAUCGGCAUACCAAUGAACGUGUGGCUAGGAAAGCUAAUGACACUGAGCCUGGCAUAGAGAUGCAGGUGGAGAAUUUAGAGCUGCCAGUCAAUCCCUCCAGUGUGGUCAGCGAGAGGAUUAGCAGUGUGUAAGCAAGAGCAAGCAGCACAGCCUUCCUACAGGAAAGCUCUUGUAGGAAAGUUUUCCCCCUUGAUUUUCCUAAGGAUCAUAACUAAUGUAAAUACUGCUGUGUGACAAAACAGUGUUUUGAUAAACAGCUUUGCAAACCUGUA